UCGGUGGGGCUCCUCGGGGCCCUUGCCUACUUCCUCACUUACGUGGCCUCCUUCCACCUUGCCUACCUGUUCGCCAUCCACAUCCACGGCGGGGUGGGGGUGCGUGGGGGAGUCUUGGUGGCCCUCAAGCAGACGAUGGGGGACAGCACCGUACUGAAGGUGCCCCAAGUCAGAAUGAAGGCUGUCCCCAUGCUCCUGCUCCUUCUCCUGGCUCUGCUGCGGCUCGCCACCCUCAUCGAGAGCAAUGUACUGGCCUCGUACGGCUUCGGGCUCCUCUCCAGCUGGGUCUAUCUCCGUUUCUACCAGCGGCACAGUAGAGGCCGUGGAGACAUGUCCGACCACUUCGCGUUUGCCACUUUCUUCCCCGAGAUCUUGCAGCCUGUGGUGGGUCUGGUGGCCAACCUGGUGCACGGCAUCCUGGUGAAGGUGAAGGUCUGCCGCAAGACGGUCAAACGCUACGACGUGGGUGCCCCAUCGUCCAUCACCAUCAGCCUGCCAGGGACGGACCCCCAGGAUGCCGAGAGGAGGAGGCAGCUGGCCCUGAAGGCCCUGAACGAACGGCUGAAGCGCGUGGAGGAUCAGUCGGCCUGGCCUAGCAUGGAGGAUGAUGAGGAGGAGGCGGGGGUGAAGGUCGACAGCCCGCUGCCACCCAACCCCGACAUGUCCGGGAAGGGCGCCAGCCAGGAGUCCAGCCUCAUCACCUUCCAGGAUGCCCCGGCCCAGCUGUGACCUGCCGGCAUGCCGCCCCCCUGCCCCGCCCCGCCUCCGCUGGCUCCCCCCAUGCAGCUGGGACGCUCAACAGGGAGCAGGGACUCCUCCCGUGGCAGAGGCAGGGGGGCUACCUCAUUCCAAUGCUUCGUCGCCGCUCGUGGCCAGCCCCAGCCACACAGGCUGAUGAUGCUGCCACCACCGCAAGGACGGGGUUCCUUGAGCCACUCCCCUCGGUGCAGGGUGGGCCAUGGACAUUGGCACCGGCAGCAGGGGCUGUUUCGGGAGGGGGGACCUGGGGCUGAUCCCUGCCCUGAGGCUGCUGCGCUUGCUCACACAGGAGUGAAGUCAGCAGCGCUUCCUCACUUCUCUGCACUGGGGGUUGGCCAGAGCACUCAACAAUUAUUUCCUCCUUUCUGAAGGUAGUUCUGUCCCUGAGGGAAUGGGAAGGCCGGCGACUUUUUUUUUUCCAAAUCCCUUUCAUAUGGGGAGCCUCCCCCAGCCCUGGCAGGAGCUUGCCAUGACCAGUGAGAGGUUUGCCAGGUGUGGGGACCCGCCACUGGGCAGGAGGAGGCCACCUAGCCCUUCACGGCAAUGGUCUGGCACUGCCAGCUCGGGGCUUUGCGUGCAGGGGUUUCUCUCCUCCUCCCUCUCCCACCCCCAAAGCCAGCCUCCCAAGGAGCCAUUGCCCUCGGCCGCUCCCCAGCUAAUCCGUUUGGCAGAUUACACUAGAAGCUGGAAUUCAUUUUUACAGUGGGGCUCUCGCUGCUUCCUCUGGCAGCAGGUUUUCUUUCCUGUGAGUAGGAUAUGGGCUCCCCCUUCUCUUCCUCCAUGGGGUUGGUUGUGGGUUUUUUUUUUUUUUUUUUUUUAAUGGAUGGAGAGGAUGCUACCUGCAACAGCCUCCUCACAGUUCCUGAUCCCCUGGGCAGUCCCCAGCCUGGGACACAGGACGAUGGCGUCAUGAUUAUUUUUUUAAAGGACCACACAAGAAGGUUUUGUCAGCCAGGGG